AAAAUUAAAUACAUAUAAAAUGAGAAACAUAUGAUAUGGUGUGGUUGGUAGUUGACUAGUUGCAAGUUAGUGAGUUCAGUUAUUAAGCUCUUUUGGCAUGCUUCUUGUUGGACAUAGGAUAAACUUUUAGUGCCACAAUAACACCCUAUCUCUCUCUCUUUCUCUGUCUGCCUCUCCCUUUGUUUCAAUUUCCCCCUGCUUAUUCUGCACAGGAACAAUGUCUGAGAAAACCACAGCUGAUAACCUUAUUGAAAAUCUUGUGGACACAUUUGUUGAUAAGAAAAAAUCUGUAUCAUUCUUUGAGGAUGAUAAGUCAGACUCAGUGAGUUCUCAGAUCAAUAGACUGUUUGGACGCCAGAAACCCGUGCACCAUGUUUUAGGGGGUGGAAAAUCUGCGGAUGUCUUGUUAUGGAGGAACAAGAAGAUUUCUGCUAGUGUUUUAACAAGUGCAACAAUUGUAUGGGUGCUUUUCGAAUGGCUUAAUUAUAAUUUUCUUACUAUUUUAUGCUUUGCUUUGGUUCUUGUCAUGCUUGCCCAGUUUCUAUGGUCAAAUGCUUCCGGCAUGUUUAACAGUUCACCGUCUAAUGUACCCCGUCUUGUUCUCCCAGAAGAACUCUUUGUGAACAUUGCAACUGUGGUUGGUGGUAAGGUUAACAUGGGCUUGAGGUUUCUUCAAGAUGCUGCCUGUGGAGGAAACUUGAAGCAGUUUCUUGUUGAGACUGGAGUUGGAACCAAAUGGAGGUGUGUGAGAGGGGAAAAAACUGAAGACCACGGGAUGGUUGUUGGAUGUUUGUUUGCUGGUGCUGUGAUCGGGACCUGGUUCAAUUUUAUUUCUGUCAUCUAUAUUGGUUUUGUUGCUGCACAUACACUUCCAGUUCUCUAUGAGAAGUAUGAGGAUGAAGUUGACAACUUUGUAUACAAGGUCCUUGGUCAGAUGCAAAAUCAAUAUCGAAAUUUGGAUACCAGUGUGCUCAGCAAAAUCCCCAAGGGAAAAGGGAAGAAACAUGAAUAGGUUUAUCCUUAUGGCUUGUGUAAAUUAAUUUGACAUUCAAUGCCCAUCUGAACACAUUAUGGCAGUUGAGAAUGGUGGAAGAAGGUAACAAGAGGGAUCAAAAUAUUUCUUCCAUAUGAAUGAUAGAGUGGAAUAAAUAAAAUUGCAUUUAUAGUUGUAGUACUUAUUGUUCCUUUACCUAAGUUGUGAUCUUGAAAUGUUGUUAUCUCAUUACUUGGCCAGGCCAGAGACUACAUUGGUGGCUGUUGCAAACUUGUGACGGCACUUCAAAGGCAGGUUGUCAUAUGUGUAUUUGGACUAACCACAUUGUUAAUUUUGUGGAGGUCGAUGAGCACUGCUCAUCACUGGAUAUUGUAUUGGGUUAAGUGGGUUUACAAGUAAACCACCGCAAUUAUUUGUUAACAUACACGCCUUGUUUUUUUUUAGGAGAAGUGCAUUAGCUAGACACACCUUGAGUGUAUUCAA